GACCUCCACACGGGGCCAGAGAUGUCCGCCCGCAGCACGUCCCGUGGCCGCCGCGGCGCUCCGCUCGCCACCGCAUGCCUGGUGCUGGCCGCCCUGCACGCGGGCCUCGUGGCCGCGCCGCGGCUCCUCGCCGCGCAGCCCCCGACCGCGCACCGGCGGCCAGCGGCUUCCGCGCUCGGCGCCAGGGUGGAGCAGCUGAAGCGGCAGCUGCGGGGAGCCGAAGCGGACGCGGCCGCGUCCGCCCUAGAGGAGAUCUGGAAGCCGCAGGGGUCCCUGACGCAGUCUCAGCUCGAGGGCACGUGGCGGCUCGAAGGCUCUGGGAAGCGCGCCGCGACGCCGGACUGGCCGAGGCUGCUGCUGAACAUGUACUCCGGUGGGCUCGGGAGACUCCUCGACAUGGAGAUGGCUUCGCAGCCCGAGGUCACGAUCUCGGCGAGCGGUGACGCAACCACACGAACCAAGCUGCGGUGGGGCUUCAACAAGGACGAGGUCCUGCUCACGAGCAAGCUCAAGGUCAUCGGUACCGCCAGCUUGCGCGAGACGCCAGGGUCCAUCCGCUCCUCGGCGCUCUCGCUUACGCUCCCGCUGGCGCGGCCCGCCCGGGACCUCCGCGUGGCCUAUUCGGACGGUGGCCUCCUCGUCCUCCGCGACCAGUUCGGGGCGAUGGACCUGCUGUGGCGGCAGGGCGCUGGGCCCGCCGUGCCUGUGGCGGUCCGCGAGGAGCUGGUGGAUCAGCAGCCGCCCGUCGACCGUGAGGGCGCUGAGCCAGCGGCGGCCGAUACGGCGACGGAGCCCGAGGAGGCCGAGGAGCAGCAGGAGCUGCUCGCGCUGAACGAGAAGGUCGAAGCGCUCCUCGGCAGAAUCGACUCGCUGAAGGGCACAGUGCAGGAGCAGCGCGAGCGCGCGGCCGAGGACAGCGCGGAGCGCCGGCGCCUUCUGGCAGAGGCGGACGAGCUCGAGAAGCAGUUCGAGGCCGCUGCGGUGGACGUCGGCGCCCAGAGCGUGAAGCUGGGCGCGAUCAGCACCCUGAGCUCGCGAGCGCAGGACGCCCUGGAGGACCAGAGCAGGAAGAUCGAGGACAAGGCAGCCCGCUGCGACGCGCUCCGCGCCGAGCUCGCGGGCCGCUACGCGCGCGACGUGGCCCUCGAGGAGAACGUCAGCAGCCUCCGUGCCCGCGAGACGUCGCUGGCCGAGCAGAUCCCCAUGCUCAAGCGGGACCUCAACGUGGGGCCGCGAGACAGCUGGCCGUGGUACCGCGAGGCAUUGAAGACGGCGCAGUCGGAGUUCAAGCAGGUCCGGGCCGACCUGAGUUCAUCGAUGGCCGAGCUGGCCCGGAAUAAACGGAACGUGGCACGCGCGUCGGAGGCGUUGCGCAAGGAGGAGGCCGCGCUCGAGGCCGCCACCAACAUCAGGGUCCAGAUGAAGGGUCAGCUGGAGGAGCAGCAGCGCGAGUACCUCGACCAAGAGUCCGCGCUGCCCCUCGCCGAGGCGACCACCGACUCGCUGCGCGAGAGGCUGGGCGACCUGGGUGCCCAGUUGGAGGAGCUCGAGGCUCGCGAGGCAGAGAGCCUCCAGAAGGCGUCGGAGGCCGAGGCGGAGAUAGCCUCACUCGCGGCGGAGGUGAAGGAGACCAGGAAGGCCGCCAGGCGGGCUGCCAAGGGCAGCAAGAAGAGGCAGUCGCGCUGGCUGCGCCUGCGCUGA